AUGAGAUUACUCCGAAAACAUACUUCGUACCUUGUCCACACUCAAAAUGAUAUGUUUUCAAUGAGAAAGGAAGCGAAAGAUGGACAGGUCGAGAACCUCGUUCCAGUACUCAUGCUGAACGAAAACCUGACAGCCAGCCAGGCAAUGAAAAUGGCCUUCAUGCUGGCUCAGGAAUCAGCAAGGGGCUUCUAUGAAGUGGCUGAUGAUAUGCGGCAGACUGCUAAGGGAAGACACCGCGCUGUCGCGGAUAUUUUUAUUGAAGGAUGCAGAAACAUUGUCAUGGGGCUCACUCAUUGGAGCUACACCGGAGAGCGGUACUUCAGAGCCGGUGAGGCGAGUGAGGAUAAUACCAUACAUUUUGAACUAUAG